AUUGUCUUCAGACGUUACUCGUACUCCAAUAAGUAAACACAAGUGCUUAAACCGUAUCGGUUGUGCAGUGUGAUAUUUUGAAUUUCAAGUAAAUCGUAGUUGAGUUUUUUUAUUAUAUAUUUUUUUACUCAAAUUCGUUGACUUGUUAUUUUUUAGUUAACCGUCUUAAACAGUUUAAUUGACUCUUUGUUAAAGUUGGAUGAAAACGUAAAAUCACUUAAUUAUCGUAAUAUUUAAAAAAUCCCAAAGUUGUUUAUACUUAUACAGAAAAAAUGGCGUUAGAUCUCCAUCGAAAAAACGAGUUCAAGAUAUCCCGAAAAUCCCAGGAUGAAAUUCUGAAGGAAAUUAUAACCGACGAAUUUCCAUUGAACCCAUUGGAAUUGGUUGGAGAAACGAGCUUUGAUGAUCCUAUGAUCUUGGAGGAAACCGACAAGCUACCGAGAUCAGAUGUGCAGGAGUUUUAUAAAGAUGCUAGUAUUUUCAUCACUGGCGGAACUGGAUUUAUGGGAAAGAUGUUGAUCGAAAAGCUCAGCAGGUCGUGUCCACAUUAUAAGCACAUCUACUUGCUAAUUAGAAAUAAAAAAGGCAAGAAUGUUAAUGAACGUAUCGAUGCAAUAUUUGAAGAUAGGUUGUUUAAGAGAUUGAAGCACGAGAGGCCGAAGUUCUAUCAUAAGAUAUCUGCAAUCGCUGGUGACGUGUCCUUGCCAGGAUUAGGUAUAUCUUCCAGUGACAGAAAAAAAUUGGCAGAAAAUGUGAAUAUUGUAUUCCAUGCAGCGGCUACAAUUAGGUUUGAUGAACAUAUACGCACCGCAAUCAACAUCAAUGUCCUUGGAACAAGGGAAAUUAUAAGCCUAGCUAAAGAAAUGACUAACCUUAAGGCAUGUAUGUACGUAUCAACUGCGUAUGCUAAUUGUGUGUAUAGUAAAAUCGAAGAAAAAUUUUAUGGAGCACCAUAUGAUUACAAUGGAGUGAUAUCAUUGGUAACUUCGGCAAACGACGAUAAAAAAUUAGAAAACAUCACACCCAGCUUAACUGCUGGUUGGCCAAACACAUAUACGUUUACAAAAGCUUUAGCCGAAGAUUUAGCCAAACACGAGUCUAUUGGACUGCCGUUUGGCAUAUUCAGACCAUCAGUUGUUAUUUCGACAUAUAAUGAACCUGUUCGAGGCUGGAUCGAUAACGUUUAUGGACCCAUUGGUAUGAUCGUGGGAGUCGGUGCCGGAGUACUUCACACACAUCACUGUGAUGUCGAUAAGGUCGUUGACUUAGUUCCCGUAGAUUUAGUUGUUAAUGCACUGAUAUGCUCAGCUUAUAAAGUCAGCCAAAGUAUAACAACAAGUGAAUCAACUCCACCUAUUUUUAACUAUGUCAGUUCUAAGCAGAAUCCAAUAAACUUAGGAAAAUUCUUCGAAAUCAUCAAAAAAUACGGAUUACCUAACUGGCCUACCAUCAAUGCAAUUUGGUACUAUUCGUUUAUCCCCACUAAUAAUCCAUAUAUAUAUUCCUUGUUGUUCUUAUUACUCCACACAAUACCCGGUUAUUUUUUGGACUUUUUAUGUCUAAUGACUGGCAAGAAGCAAAUGCUUACUAACAUCUAUAAAAAAAUGAAAAAAGCCAACACUGCAUUAGUUUUCUUUGCAAAUAAUCAAUGGGAUUUCAUUGACAAAAACACCAGUGCACUUUGGAAUGGUAUGUCAGAAGCUGAUAAAAAAAUAUUCUUCUUCGACAUAAAAGAAAUGUCUUGGGAUUAUUAUGCACGAGCUUGCGGUAUUGGCUUACGUUUAUACUUAGUAAAAGAUGACAUACAUACAAUAAAAAAUGCAAGAACCAAGUGGGAAAAAUUACGCAAAGCUCACUUACUAUUAAAAACAGUUGUGGCAAUAAUAUUCUUACGAGUGUGCUGGUUCAUCAUCAACAUGUGUUUUAAUUAAAUGUGUAUUAAAUCUAUUUAUAUAUUUUA